GCAGCAGCAGCAGCACGGAGAACCAACACCGGGGAUGGUCUCUUCAUUUUAAAAAAACAAAAUAUCAACUUUGAAUCUCCACAAAAUGAAGUUUCCUUACACAUAGAUUCACGACGAUAUGGUGAGAGAAGGUGUCCCAUGCUGCAGUAGUGGAAGAGUGACAUGCUGGCCUGUCUGCCAGCAUCAGGUGACCCUACCCUCAGAAUUCUCUCCCGCACGCAGAUGAACACUGGACUUCAGAAAUGGGAAACUACACAGAAGAUGAGAUCUGCCAGCUAUCCAACCCCAGCAGAGUUGGAUGCCUUUGCUAAGAAAGUUGCCAACAACCCACUGACCAUCCAGAUCUUCCCCAACAGUGUCAAAGUACCUCAAAGGAAGCACAUACGCCGCACAGUCAACGGGCUUGACACAUCGUCGUCCAGCCAGCGCCACAGUCCCUACCCCUCUCAGGUCAGCUCCAGUAGGGGUCUGCUGGCUGUCCUGCGCGCGCCCGCCAAAGGCGUCAUCAAAGAGUCGGACGGCAGCCGCGCCCGACAGCACCACAAAGUCGUCAUGAACCCUCACAGCGGGCAGUACGCCACUCAAAGCACUUUAAAUCUUCCUCAACCUGUUCCUCACCUACAGGGUCAGUCUCAGCCUGCAGCCCAGAAGCAAGUCAUGGUUCACCCGCAGGCACUACAGCAAGGCAUGGCUCAUCCAAUGACUUUACAGCAGCCUCAAACCAUGCCUCACCCACAGGCUUUACAGCAGAGGAGCAUGGCUCAUUCACAAGCUAUGCAACAUCAGCAGAGUUUGUCCCAGGUUCAGACGUCACAGCAAAGGUUGGCUCAUCCACCAGGCCUCCAGAGGCAGCAGAGUACGCCUCACCCCCAGGUCCUGCAGCAGCAGCAGCAGCAGCAGCAGAGUGCGCCUCACCCCCAGGCCCUGCAGCAGCAGCAGCAGCAGCAGCAGCAGCAGCAGCAGCAGCAGCAGCAGCAGAGUGCGCCUCACCCCCAGGCCCUGCAGCAGCAACAGAGCCAGUCUGCUCCACCUGCCACUCAGCAGCAGCAUCUUUCUCACCUGCAGACACUGAAGCAUCCGACGGCCCCUCCGCAGGCUUUACUUAGUCAACACUCACUGACUCAGGAUCUGCGCCACAUGUCUGAUGGGUCUCACCUUCCCAGUCUGCAGCACACCCAGGGGCUGGUUGGCUCACAGCCCCUUCCCCAGGCUGCGGGUACAGGACCUCCUACCAUGCCUAAUAGCCUCCAGCAGCCCCCACCAGGGACAUACGGGCCCCGAAAGCUCCCUGACGCAGACGCCCCACCAAAUGUAACUGUAUCUACCUCCACCAUCCCACUGUCGAUGGCAGCCAGCCUGCAUCAGAACCGGCCCAGUGACCUGAGCAGCAUUGUGCACCAAAUCAACCAGCUGUGCCAGGCACGGGCGGGUAUGGGCGCCACCUCGGUCUGUGAGGGCCAGAUCGCAAACCCUAGCCCCAUCAGCCGCAACCUGCUGAUCAACGCCAGCUCCAGGGUGUCCUGUCACCACCCGGGUCUGGGCUCUGGGCCUAGCUGCCUCAUGAUGGGACCCAUGGACAAAGCUACAGCUCACACUCCCAAUGCUGGGCUGCAUUCACAGCCCAGUGCAGCGGCUGCUAACAGCAUGACGUCCUUCCAUGCAGAGCCAGAGAAGCUGCAGCAGCACCAUCAUCAUCAGCAGAAGCAACAGCAGUUACAGCAGCACCAACAUCUGCAGCAGCUGCAGCAGCUGCAGCAGCAGCAGCAGCAGCGCUCCUGGGCGCAGCAUCAGCUGGCUCACAUGCAGCAGCCCCCUGAGGGGGCCCAUCCCUGCAAGAACCCAAGGAUGGAGCUUCCCACUGAGUGUGCUUUCCCGUCUCGAAACCUCAAUUAUUCCCACAAGCUCCCCCACACUGCACAGUCCUUUCCUUUGAAGCACCCUGCAGAGAAACCCCGCCCCUCCUCCCCUGCUCACUGCCCCGGGGGUGCUAUGCCUUACAUUAAUGGCCACUACAUGCAGCCGCCGUGGGGCAGCAUGCCAGCCACAGCAGGUCACAAUGGAUCGAGCCCUCAGGACCUCCCCAUGUCUUUCCAGGGAGGCCAGGCUGCUGCCUCUUCAGACCGCAUCCCAGGGGCCAAAUACAGGCCAGGGAAGGAGGGGCCCCCUGGUCAGUCGAAGAUGAUGCAGAAUGUGGAUUUCUUAGGAGGGGAGUUCCAGAUGCCCAGCUUUCAGGAGCAGAACAUGGAGCAUGUACUGGAGAAGAUGCACAGGUCAGCCAUGGGCCAGGGUCAGGAGCCCAACAAUGGUGGGGGUGUACACACUCAUCACCCAGGCUAUCGCUAAAGCGUGCUCCUACCCCCCCCCCCCCCCUUGGUGUGUUUGGGUUUUUCUCAACAGCUAUUUCAGCUUCUGUGGUUUAUUCGUUGAGAUCUUGCAAGUGAUCAAUUAAGCAUAAUGCUUCAGAGCGGAUCGGACUCCCCAGGUUGUGAUGCGUCACAACAUCCUCAGGUCUUAAGCCAUGUCGUACCUUUGUUGCAGAUGAAGGGUUUUUGAGAUUGUUGUCCACUGUUGAGUAGAUUUCCUCUUUUCAUCACUGGCAUGGAUGUGCUGCUCUUUGUUCCUGUAUAUAUGGUGUUUUUAAUUAUUAAUUUGCAGCUGAGAAUAUGCUUGCCAUGAUUGUCACAGUGCUUUACCCAGGUUGACAUGGAACAACUCAACUUCUUCAGCAUUUGUGGCCUUUAAGCUGCCCAAAGGCAGGAUUUAGGAUGUCCUCGUGUAAUGUUUUUAUUUGCAAUUAUUUAUCCUCUUAACAGGUUUGUGAUCCAUUUUAAACAAGAAGGUUACAUGAAUAUGCAAUUAAUGAGACUGUUGAUAGGGGUUUUGCUCCAUGGCUGAGGUGUACACCUGCUUCAGGAAUACAGCAUGGCUUCUGAACGGCACUGAGUGGUUCAGGUGGUUUUUGUUCCAUAGCUGAUCAGUGUGCAGGACUGACUAACUAUUACUGUUAAAGAGACCUUUAACCCAACAUCAGAAAUAUAGAUUUUUCCUCCUCACCUGUAGUGUGUUUAUCCUUUCCGUGGUUGAGGGACAGCCAAUGAGAGUGAGCCUCCUCCACAUGUAGCCGCACCCCACCCUGCGCUGUGGUUCGGCACAAAGAUGGGUUUUUUUUUUGUGUUUUCAGCAACACAGACCCAAUUCCAACUAGUUCCAUUAACCACAAACACCUAAACAAUCCAGAUAAAUGAAUACUUCAGUGAAGAGGAAAUAUGUAUUUUUGAUUGUUUUAAAACUGAAUUACAUUUAAAAUAAAACAAAGUCAGCACUAGCAAAAACUGUAAUGUUCUCUAAUGAGUUUCUGAAGUUGCUAGUGGUUUCUCUUGCAUUUGGAAAGUCUAAAGUGCCCUCUUGUGUGUAAUAACUUGAGAACUGAUUAUGAAGUAGUUAUUUUAUAGUUUGUUGUUUCUUUAGAUUGUCCUACUUGAACUGUAGAAAUGACUUUUAAAUGUUAUGCCUAACAUUUGGCAAAAGGAGCAGAACCUCCAUUAGCCCUAGUUGUCUUUAGCUAAUGUGAAACCCAAUGGCAUCCCAUUAAUGUUAAAAUGGUGUGUGAGUGUGUCUGUGUGUGGCAGUGUGUGAAAGCUAAUUGAUCACUUGCAAGCAUGCAAGUACUUCAGAUCCUGCGACACAUUUCCUCACCACUUUACUACUGUAACACAAGUGAACUGAUGUGGGGGGGGACAUUAUCUGUGUGGCUUGUGGGGGGCUGUUCAUUUACUAAUCACUGGCCCCACCCUGUGUUGUAUCUGCUACCUAUAAAGGACAAAGUGUAACAUUUAAUGCAGGUUAUGUGUUGCUAGAUGUGUCUAGCAUGAAGCAAUGGACCCUUGUCCUCCAGUCCCCGGUGGGUUUGUCAUGUCUGGGCUAACGUCGCUCUGCUAGCCUCAAGCCUUCGGGAAAAGCCUUAAAUGUCACCGUAGUUCUUCUCUUUAUAGCAACCUUAACUGACUUCCUUUGCCAGGAUCACAACUUAAGUAUGGCUUCAUUAUGGAAGCCUAUUUCCGCCAGUGAAAGGAAAAUCUAGCUUCUGUCAUAGUGAGUAUAGGUUCUCACAAUAAUGAUGUAGUAUUGCAAAAUAGUCCAUUUUUCCAUAUCUUGAACCCAUAUUUGGACUUUCCUUACCAUCAGACUUGUGUCCACUACCUACCUUUUUGUUGUUGUUUGGUUCUUUUGAAGAAGUUUCUUAAGAUUUUUUUUUCUCAGUCACAUUGGCAGAAAUGGGCUUCCAUAUGUCAUGUUGAGAAUUUGUUUCUGAGCGUUGAUUCAUUUGAAAUCAGUACUGUCAUUGGGCAGUGUUCAUAUGAUUGGCUAUUGUCUCAAUUUGAAUUAUUGAGGUAAUGCUAAUCGUAUACUUGUUGGUAGAGUACCCAUCCUCCUGUCUGAAACGUUGCCUAUCAAGGAUUUAAGAUGAUUAAAAAUAUGAAUAGCAUUUAGCAGAGUUAAUGGUAUGUAGAACAGGGCUGUAGCAGUUACUUUAAAGUAUUUGGACUGUGUUUUAGUUGUUGUUCUUAAUAAUUAUCCUGAUUAUAGUUUAAUUUAUUGUUUUUGGACCACUGCAUCCUGAAGCCAUAGGUGUUUCCACAUCGGGUGCCAUAGGUGCCACAUGUUGAGGCAGACUGUAGACAGAUGUGUCUGCACUCUUUGGCAAAUAAGGAGUUUGCAUCAUGCUUUAAUCUGUAGUCUUUCACAGCGCAGAGUCUUUUAUCCUCUGCACCGUCGGCAGAAUACAGAACUGGUCAAAAGGGAGAGGAGACGGCGAUGAUCUCCAGAGAGCGAACUGAGAUGCAAACUGUAGCUUUCCUGGAUUUUGGUCUACAUACUUGAUGGCAGUUUUUUUUGUUUUUGUUUCCCGGCUUUCCUUUUUGAUGUGCCUGCCCCUUAAAGCUGCUAAUGACUUUAAUCUUAUCACACACUAGUAUGAGUUGUGCGUGUGCGUGUGUGUGUGAAUAGUAAUUGAUGUAUGGGCUGUAUUGGUGACAAUAAGGUCCUGUUUAUGGGAAGGGCGCAGGGCAAACAUUUCCACCACUCAAAUGCUCCUAAAUUUGGUAGUGUUUAUUCUUUAUUUUAAAUGCAUAAUAACUGACCAGAGUGGCUUUCAUCAGUUUGACCCGCUGACAGACACCUGUGUGGGUUUCUAAUGGGGUGGUUUGGGUGAUUUUAAGAUGGGUUGUUUAAGGUAUUUAUGUGUUACUACCUAAAGUAGAUGUUGUUCAUAACCCCUCCGUUUGGAGAAACAGAGGAGUAGCAGCAACAUUUAAGCACCUAAAGAAAGGACCAGUGAAAUAAAUAAAAUGCAUUUGCAGUACACUACAUUUAGAAUAUUUCCUGGCCUUCAAAUGCCCGUCAGACAGGGAAGCCGAAUUUUAGUCUUUCCAAUGCCACCAGACUCCUGUGAUGAUACUGAUAUUCCACCUUUAUGCUGAACACAGCAGCUGCUGGUGUACUGUUCAGUUAGUUUGUGUUCUAUUGUUGUUUUACAGUUUAGUUUGGAAUUACCAAAGUCACACAAUAACACACACACUGAUCGAGGGGGACCAGCAUCUGCUCUGCAGGAUAGAGCUAUACUGUUUGUCAAGGAGUCUGGUGGCGUUGGAGAAUAAAGGCUUCAGUUCCCGAUCAGUAAUGUCUGCUGCCCCCGUCAUUUGCAGUACACUGCUCUGGUACUCCUGAUGUGCCAAACUAGGGUGGACCGCCCGCAUCUACAUUAGGGAACUGCACAGACUGAAAAAGUAGCUGGCAUGACCCCACCUGAAAACAUCCAAACUAUCCUUUAAACACUAAACACUAGACAGUGCUGCCCUGUUUAUUUGUGAACCGCCUGGUCCCAGCCCGACACCGUCAGGUUCUACAGUCUCAUAUGAAGUGCCUCCACUGGGCUUAGUAUGGAUAAGUGUGUGAAUGGGUGCAUCUGUUUGUGUAUGUUAAGCUUGGGUACUUGCACACAGGCGUGCACACUGACAAACGUGCACAAAGUUAAUCUCUGAUGGGGGACCAAGCUACUCUGUGUAACUACUGAUACUGUGUGAUGGACUGAAGUCCUGAAGUGUGCCACGAGUCCCAGACGCUGUCGGAGCGUGUGAACUGUUUGCUGCUGACUCACUGACCAAAGUGACCAAGCGUCCCUCUCUAGAACCACCGGCCUCCAGCUGUGUUGGGAACUUAGGUUCUAACAGUAAUAAGCAAAAUCCUGGUGACAUAAAGGAGAGCUGCGGCCCUCAUGGUUAAAGAAAAUGUUGUGAAGUAAAAGUGUAAAGAUGUGAACGGAAUAAAAGUGAAUUUAGAGCGAGUUGUUCCUGCCUGCACUACAGCCCACAUUUAUUUUUCCUGCUGAGCAACAUUCAGAUGUUUAGCUCUUUAUGUCUGGAUCCAUUUCACAACAUAGUCCUCAUGCAGAGAUGUGAGAGUCAGUGUAGCUCCUUAUGUGAGCUGACUCUAUAUAUCGGGGUGUAGGUAUGUAACAACCGUCUAGAUUUGAUUUUACUCCGAUUAAUAUGACUGUCUUUGAUUCUCAGAGAUGUCAUGAUGUGAAUGGUGAUGGAGGGGGGCUUACUUUCUCUACUUUGUGAAAAUGUGAUUUUCCAGUUUUGCCUAACCUUCAGGAAUAAAAUGUCUUGCACAAACAUUCCCCCUAACCAAAAUAAAGUUUGCAAACACAAA